AUGGAGGCCAUCCAGGCGUCGUUCCAGAAGGUGGAGAAGAUUGGGGAGGGCACCUAUGGCGUGGUGUACAAGGCUCGCAACAAGCGCACGGGGCAGCUGGUGGCCCUCAAGAAGAUCCGCCUGGACGCGGAGUCAGAGGGUGUCCCCAGCACUGCGAUCCGAGAAAUCUCGCUGCUGAAGGAGCUGAAGCACCCAAACAUAGUCAGGCUCCUGGAUGUCAUACACAGCCAGAAGAAGCUCUAUAUGGUGUUUGAGUAUCUGAAUCAGGACCUGAAGAAGUACAUGGACUCAUGCCAAGCUGGAGAGCUUCCUUUAAGCUUGGUCAAGAAUUACCUUUUCCAGCUGCUGCAGGGUGUGAGCUUCUGCCACUCGCACAGGGUCAUCCACAGGGACUUGAAGCCGCAGAACUUGCUCAUUAACGAAGCAGGAGCAAUCAAGCUGGCUGAUUUUGGACUGGCAAGAGCUUUCGGCGUCCCCCUACGCACAUACACUCAUGAGGUGGUGACUCUGUGGUACAGAGCCCCUGAGAUACUGCUGGGAUGCAGAUACUACUCGACCCCUGUGGAUAUCUGGAGCAUUGGCUGCAUCUUUGCAGAAAUGAUGACCAGGAAGGCCCUGUUUCCAGGGGACUCUGAGAUCGAUCAACUCUUCCAGAUCUUUCGCACCCUGGGCACUCCCACUGAGGUCACCUGGCCUGGUGUGACCCAGCUCCCUGACUACAAGGGCAGCUUUCCCCGGUGGCCAAGGAAGGAGAUGAAGGACAUUGUUCCAAACUUAGAUCGAGAUGGGAGAGACUUACUGACACAGUUGCUCCUGUAUGAUCCCAGCAAGCGCAUCUCAGCCAAGGCAGCCCUCAGCCACCAGUACUUCCUCUGCAGAAACUCUGGGAGCCCUGAACAGCGACCUGUGCUGCGGAGAGACUGCAGAUGA